GCCGUCGUAUCUUUAAAGCUCCAGACUCGCAAUCCCAGGUCAUCAUCGUCAUGUAUGCAGACAGACGAAUUCUCUCAAUCCAGUCUCAUGUGGUACACGGAUACGCGGGGAACAGAUGUGCUGUUCUCCCUCUGCAAGUGCUGGGAUUCGAAGUGGAUUUCAUCAAUUCUGUUCAAUUUUCGAACCAUACAGGCUACCCACAUAUGACAGGAACGAAAGUGUCCGCGAAAGAGCUCGGUGAUCUCUACGAAGGGCUGAAAGUCAACAAUAUAGCCCAAUACUCCCACGUACUCACAGGAUACGUCGCGAGUGUGGAUUUCAUCCGGAAGCUGGCACUCAUAGUCGGCGACCUGAAGAGUCGAAAUCCGAACGCCAUUUAUCUUUGUGAUCCCGUCCUCGGCGAUAACGGCGAGUUCUACGUCCCACCGGAAUUGACGGAAGAAUAUCGUAAGCUUCUGCUUCCUCUCUGCGACAUCUUGACACCGAAUCAAUUCGAGCUCGGGGAACUCACCGGUAUGGACGUCUCGACCGAAUCGAACAUAUUGAAGGCGAUUGAUAAACUUCAUGAUAUGGGCGUGCCCAAAAUCACCGUUUCGUCUGCGGAUUCUUCGCAAGGCCACUAUAUAACUUGUUUCGGAUCCUGCAGGAAAGACAGGAGCCGAUUCAAGCUGAAUAUCCCAAAACUGCCCGUUCAGCUGGUUGGAACCGGAGAUCUGUUCGCGGCCACGACUUUGGCAUGGAAUACUCUGAGUGGAUGUUUCGAAAGUGCUGUAAAGAACGCUGUUAACAGCGUUCACGUCGUCAUAAAAGACACUAUGGCCCACAGCGCGGAGUUGAAAGAGUCCAAUCCCGAUUUGCCGGAGUCUGCCUGCUCGGAGCUCCGACUUGUACAGAACCUAUCGACGAUAAUGAAGCCGCCGGAGACCAUCGCAGCAGCUAAGUUCUGAAAUGGCGAAAUUCGGUUCGGAAAACGGAUAUUGAUGCUCGAUCCCUGAUUGGUAUGAAUGACGCGGUGCGA